GAAAAUUGACCAUGCACAUACCGCAACUGCUAAUGAGGCAAGCGUCGAGAACCCGCUGAAGAUUGCUGUGCACAAUCAAAGAUGGCAGCCGCUGUCAGUGGGUUAUUCCCUGUUUGUUUGGACCAACAGCGCUCUUGCGUUGAAGAUGCAGAGCAAAAGAAAAAGCGAUUGGCUUUGAUGGAGAAAUUGCGUAGCAAGCGCAGUACUCAGCAUCGCUCAUGGACUGAGAGCUUGAAGACAAUACGUACUGCUGUUGUGGAUCGGCGGCUGCUAACUGACAGUCUUGAACGUACGCAAGUGCAGAAAUGCCUGGAUACUUUGCAGCGAGCUAUGAAAGUAAUAUCUCAGAGGUCACUGGUCGAAAGACUAGAGUCCGUGGCUCGUCAGCAGUCGCUCACAUUCCUAAAGAACAAUGUGGAUCCACCCAGUGUUACUCUGCAGGGUGAUAUGUUUCAUGUGGAAAUUGUGAUGAGCAAAGGUGGAGGGGUGAAAGAAGUGAAGGUUGCACACCAAGGGGAUGCGAGUGUUUGUCAUGAGUUAACAGAUAUUUUAAGCCAAGGAGAUUUUGCUGAGUUUACAUCCCAUCUUGAUGGAUUACAAAGUAUUUAUAAAGUAACAGGAGAGAGGAAGCUUAAGUCAAAGGCAUAUCUUGCAUUACAGUCAUUGGAGCGAGACCUCAAUCAGUUAGCACAGUUUCAAAAUUCAAUAAGUGGUGUGGCCAACUAUAUUCACAAGUCUCCACUUGGCAUACUUCUUCCACGCACUGCUGGGAAACCCAUGAAGCUGAUUUAUUUUGUGUCACCUUAUGAUCUGCUGGACAAGAAAACAAUGUCUGCACAUCCAAUGACUGUCGAGGCCAUCACAGAACAUGGGCUAGGUCGAAGUGUAACUGUCUGCCUAGAGCCAGGCCCUUCAAACAAGUUGCAGACCAUGCCACUUCUAACAGUCAAAACUUCUGAUGGCAAGAGUUUGCCAUCCUUCACUGGGCUGACUCACAUCAACAGUGCUACCUUACCAGCCUGCUUUGUGCUUGUACUUCCACAGCCAAUACCAGUGGCUUCGUCCACCAUUCAGAAAAUUCAGGCUUUGACAAAACUGGAUGUUUGCAAAGAUGUAGGCAGCCAUUCACUUCUUUCGCUUAUUCUUGACUCCAAUUCUGAUGGGAAAAUGAAGAAGGAGCAGCGGCUGUUUGUUUCACUGCCAGACCAACAUCAUGUCUACUUCAUUAGAGGAGUCAGUGGGGGAGUUCUAGAAGAGCCUGCUGUCAUGCUUUCCCGCAUUCCUUUCACCCAUCCCACUCAUGUUCCUCAAAUACUCAUACUGCUUAGGCAACAGCUUCUCUUCAACUCCAUCAUUGCAAGCUGCAUUAGGCCGUCAGCUAAAAAAGAUCUCAACAGUUGCAUGGUGUUUGAGAUGACGGUCAUCUCUCUUCAGCAGUUAAUGGUUGUAUUUGAGCAUCCAGCCUAUGAUACCAUGGUCACUUUGGAUGUGGAUCUCUCUGACAUAACAAGUUUGAAGUGUCGAGUACUUUGCACUAAUCCUGACCACAGUCUGUGCUCAGAAGAUUAUGCUUGUAGAGUGCUGCAGAGGUGCUUGUCUUUGCCUGUACUUUUGCGAGCAAUGAUCCGUAAAGGACGCAGUCAGCUGGAGAAGCUUAUUGAAGCAGCAGCAGCCCUUGCUCAAGAGCAAGCUCGACAAGCACAAGAAGCAGCUUUGUGGGCAGCGCAGGUGCGACAGCCAAGGAUACUGUCCACCACUAUACCCACCAAAGGCAGACCACCGCCACUACCACCUACUCCUCACACACCCACCUAUCCGCCUACCCCAAGUCCUGUAUCCAGCAACCCGCCAUCAGUGGGUGGCAUGGGUGAUUUACGGGGAAUGGGUAGCAGCUUGGACUUACCUGGUGGAUCUUCACCUGGUGUUGGCUUGGGAUUCAUGGGAGCUGGUACUGAUGGACUAGAGAAGUUGGGAAGCUCAGUACUGACCAACCUGCUGGAUGGUGAGCGCAGCCAUGCCAGUCCAGUGCAGAAUGCAGCUACCACAGCACCACCUCUGGUUUCUGAGAGCCCAAUGUUGUCUCGCCUUCUGGAGGACAAUAUAUCCGUGGCAACCAACAUCAACCCUAUACCUGCUCCAACCUUGCAGCAGAGAGUUACUAAAAGAGUUCGUAAGCGCCGGUCACAGUCAGAACUCCCUAGUGGGCGUAGUCCAAAACAUCGGCAUGGGGAUGGUGAGAGUAUAGAUCGCUUUGCCUCAAUUGAUCUAGAGUCUUCUUCCAGCCCAUUUGAAUCCAGUCUUGGAGGGCCUGGAGGAAUGAUGUUGUUUCCCCAUCAGAUGGGUCCUGCACCACCACGACCUCCAUCUCAAGGGCAGAGUUCCAGUAUCAUCGAUCUAACAGAAGAAAAUAUGCCUGAGUCAAGUCUUAAAAAAUUGGAGGACACAGUUGACAACUUCAGCUACAAAGAUGGCAAAUCUGUGUAUUCCAACCCAGAUGCAGAACUAUCUGCUCUCCUCCUGAAUGAAACUGAAGGAAUCUGCAGCCCAUCAGCCAUGAAAAACAGCACAGCGUCUGGUCCAAAAAACGAGAAUGCCUCUACCUCUCUUGAGGGAGUCCUCACAGGGUCGGGAGAGGUGGGCAAGGCAUCUCCUCCAGACCCUAUUGCCAGUAGCACCAGCUUUCCAGGUGUGAAGGUUCGCACCUGCAGUCAAAGCGGUCCUUCUACUUUGGCUACUUUUUUAGGCCAUGGCCCGGUGGCCACCAGCACCAUUGAUCGAAACUUGCACCCUGGUGGUCUCCUACAGCAGCCGCAGCACCAGCAAGAUAUCUUUCACCCUCACCAGCUGCCUGGUGCCAGCAGUGCUGGAGUGCCGGCAGCGGCUGUGCCAUCACAUCCUAAGGUGGUAUCCAGCAGCAGCAUGACAGAUAUCAUGGAUGUCAAGUCAUCACUCAGCACCAAGAAAGCCACCAUGAAACCUUCUGUAAGUGCUGAUUCUGCUAUGGAUAGACGCUCUGGUCUGUUUGAAAAAUUUGAUUUCACAGGUCAGACAGUCCCGGCUGGACACAGCUUGUCAACGGGAUCAGUUACAACAGGCAUAGCAAUUACUUCCCUUGACAGCGAGGACCAGAUGAUGCCUAAAAUGAGACUGAAGUUACAUCCGUUCCGUGCACCUCAUGGAAAGAGUCAGUCAUUAGAUACCUCUGUAACUCCCUCACCGACAAGUGCGGGGAGUAAGUCUAGUAACAGCAACACCUUUGACUUUCGCAGUGAUGAAGAGGAGGACGAACCAAUUGCUUACAGUGCUCAACCAGAACACCGGCUUUCAGUCUUUAAUUCAUCUGCCACGUGUCUGCAGAUAUCAAGCAAAGCAAAAACCUGCACUCCUGGCUCGAUGCCUGAGACCUCCCCGUCAAUCAAGCCAGAAAAAUAUAAGCGUAAAGACAAAUCUGGGUCUGGGAAUUCCACAAAGCGAAAAAGAGAUCGUGAAGAUUCUCGUAAGGAGAAAAAGAGAAAGAAACUGGAGCUUGGUGAAUUCUACCACACGUCUGUUAAAGAACCUAUGUAUCGGUCUGCAACUAUUGAAGGAGAUGAUCGCUCUGGGACAAAACUUAAGAUUCGAGUAUCAAAAGAGCAUAUUAAAACCCCAUCUCCUCUCAAAGAGUCCAGCAAGCUAGACAAAAUAUCAGAGCGGGCAGACAAGCUGAGUGAAAAGAUCAAUGAAGCAGCAAAGCGAUCUAGUCCUUUAGUAGGAAAAUUGGUGCUUUCUAAACAGGACCUUCGUGAGCACAUGGUUUUGCAGGACAUGGGCUGUCCAGAAUCCACACAGAUGUAUCAUUCUUCUGUGACAAAGUCUUCUAAGAUGAGCAGCGGGAAAGCUGGAGCUGGUGGAAGCAACAGUGCUUUAAGCAAGAGUGAUCCCAAAUUGGCCAAGGCAACAAUACGCCUCAAACCACUUAACAUGUCCACAGCAGCCUCUGCCUCUGUCACACUUGCUCCACCUGCAAAGUCAUUACUAGGGGGUCGUGGUGGAUCUGAAAGGUCGGAGCGUCGAAGUCAGUCCACUUUGGCAACCACAGGUGUUAGCACUCCCACCACGCCAGCACUUUCUCUCUCUAGUAUCUUGCCAAAUGCACCUACCGCCAGCAGCGUGGCCUCCCUUCCUCCUAUUCCUAAGCUCUCUUCUUCAUCUGCGUCUUCCACAUCUGCUUCCGGUUCAGGAAAAUCCGCCAAUUCUGUGAUGACUCCUGCUAGCAAAACUGUUGCAAGCAGUAACUCUAUAGCUAAUAAUGUUACCCCAAAAGGCAGUGUGAAUGUAAAUGUUGCAGCAGGUAGUAGAGGUCCUGGCAAUUCUAAUUUGACAAGCUCUGUGAGCAGAUCGUCUCCAAAUGCAGUUGGUGGCACAGCAGGUCUUAACAAACUUUCUAACUCAAACAGUGGUUCUCAGAAAGUGUCCUCUGGUAUCAUGUCACACAAACUCUCUGGAGGUGCUAGCUCUGUGGGUAUUCCAAAGGGUUCAGGAUCUGCAGGGCAAUCCAGCAAUUCCCAGAAAAUGUCUGGCAUGCCAAAUCAGAGUGGGGGGCCACAAAAAGUAUCCUCAUCCCCAAACCAGUACUCUUACUCUCAGAAGGGGCCUGGUGUGCCAAAUCAGAGUGGGCCACAAAGAAUUGCCAGUGUUUCUGGCCAUGGCAGUCAGCACAAACAGUCCAGUUCAACUCAGGGGGGAGUGGGAGUUUCAAAGAGUGCUCACAGCAGUGUUCAAAAGAUGCCAUGCUCAGUGAAUCAGUCUGGAAACUAUCAGAAGGUUGCCAUAGGUGGUAACCAACAAAAAGAAUCUAACAGUCCAAAUCAGGGUAGUCUUCCUAAAUCAGGUAGCCAGCAUGUGAUGUCCCAGAAAAUAUCCACCACACCGCAGAGUGGUGCCUCUCAUAAAGUGUCGGGAUCGGGUCAUCAAGGAGGCAGCCUUCAGAGAACAGCAUCAGGGAGCUUCUUACAAGGCAAUGUUAUACAGAAAAACUCUAUGCAAUCUCAAGCAACUGCAGCACAAAAGGGUCAGGUCUCUGGCAACACCAUCUCCAUUACCAGUCCCAGUCAAAAAUCAGGAGCUUGUCAGGGACGCUCGAUGUCAACAGGCGGUUACAGUUCCAGCCCCAAUAGCAGUGGGCGACUUCCUGGAGGAGUGAAAAGUAACUCUGCCUUCAGCAGUGCUGGCCGCACUCCUCCCAACCAUCUCUCAAUCAACAGGUCAUUAUCCAAUCCAUGUCCCAGGACAGGGUCAGGGUCAAGUCCACGUGCUUCAGCAGGCCAAAGUCCUUCCACACCCACCACCUCUCGUUUCCCUAGCAAUUCCCCACAAAGAAACCCAGGUACCUCUCCCUCAAAUAGCAGUCAGCGAAACCCUCAAGUUAGUUCUUCUCAGAGACCUUCCAGCAUAUCUCAGGCAACCAGCAGCCAAAGACAAUCAGGAUCCCAGGGAGGUAACUCGCAGAGACCCUCAUUGUCACCUCUGUCCCAUCAGCGCACUAAUUCUUUUUCAGGAUGCAGUCCAAACCACAGACCAGCCAGCACCCCUUGUAGUGCUAGUUCAGGAGAACAGAGGGUGGCUUCAGGGGCUUGUCAGUCUCCUGGUUAUCCUGUGCGUCCAUCCUCUGCAGGUCCCCGUCAGAGUUCAAGUCCACUAGGAUCUAGGCAGAACCAAAGUCCAGGAGGCACUAGGUCUGGUUCUAGUCCAUCGAGUCAGAGAACAGCAAGCCCACUUGGUCAGAAGCAGAAUGUGCUGGGACAGAAACAGAGCCUAGGCAGCAACAGUGUAAUGGGUGGUGUCUCGCCUCACAUGUCAAGACAAACAGCAAGUGUAAACACUGACAGCCUUUCGCUGCCACGGCAGAACUCAAGUGGAAACAUAAACCCCUCUGGCAUUGGUCAGAAACAGAACAUUUUGGUGAAUGAUGAUGCAGUAGCAUCAACACCUUCAAUGCCUCGCCAGAGUACACCCUUUGGCAAUGCUGCUACCAAUUCAAGUGGAACAGCUGCACCUGCAAAACCUGCUGCUGCUGAUGUUCCGAGUAGCAUCUCAUCCUCUCCUUCAGGACAGCAGAGUACAGCAGACAACUCCAUAAACACUUUAGCAUGCAAAUCAUCAGCAAUGAAUAAUUGUAAUACCAACACCAACAGUUCCAGCGGGGCUCUGCGGCAGACAUCAGUGACAGCUGUGAGCUUAAAUCGUGCUUCUGCAGCAGGCACAUGUAGUGGAACAGGACAGGCUGUUCCAUCUAAAACUGCCAGCUCAGUGGUGUCAGUUUCCGGCAAGACUCAGUCUACAAAGACCUUCUUUAAUGCAGGUGGGACUUUAAGUAAAAAUCCUGGAACUGGUAACCUAGUCCCUUCGAACAGCAUAGAUUCUUUCAGUAAAAGCACCCUUUCUUUAGAUACCAACAACUGUGUUUCCAGUGCAUCAGAAGCAGUAGAAAGUGAUGGUAUGUGUCACACUUCUCUUGGUGCAGCAUCUUCAGGAACUGAGACUUUACAAGCCACCUCUAGCAUCACCACCAUGCCUCCAUCAUUGGUCUCCACCAUAUCAGCAUCUGCUGCUUGUCCUGCUGUUUCUGCCUCUGUUCCCAACAACACAGCUUUGUCUUCUGCCUACCCUACCCAUGCAUCUGCUGCCUUACCUCUGAUGUCUGCCUCCAAAAUGUCUGCUGUCCCACGGGGUCGCAAGGGGUCACUUUCAGCCAUAGUUAAUAAACUGGCAACCAAGGUCGGCAGUAGUGCAGCAGCUGUUGGCUCAGAGCCGCAUGAUGCCAUGGCUAUUAGUAGCUCAGGGGAAGGUUUGGGUGCAGAGAAAUCAAUUUCUGGAGGAGCUGGUAAUGACUCAACGAAGGAAACGCCACACCUAGCCCAUGUGCAGACGCACUCUGCUGCCCUACUACUUGCUCGGCGUCGCAGCGCUGCCGAUGGAGAGAAUGCUAUUGGGCAAGGUGAGCAGGAUCGAGGUUCUGUCAAACGUCAGGCAUCCAUAUCUGGUCUGUCUCCACCAAGCUCUGAGCCAAAAAUAGCUCGCAUUGAUUCUUUUUCAAAAGCAAUUGCCAUGGCGCUCUCUGCACCAUCUGCACACAUACCCACAUCACCACACAUGGCAGCAGCAGCAACACCAGCUGCUGUUGGGGAAAGGGCAAGUCGACUGAGUUCUGGGAGUGACCGUGCCAGCCCACUGGCUAAAGAGAUGGGCUUGCCUCUCCACCGGGCUGUAGAAGAGGUUGGACUAGAUCUGAGCCUUCCCAAAGACAGGACCUACCAAGAGUGUGCACAGACAUCACAAAAGAUGGAUUCUCGAACAGGUGUUGGAAAAUCAAGUCCAAGAAAUGCUUCUCCAGGCUUGUGUAGUUCUCCAGUGCAAGGUGGUGAAAAGAUGGGUGGAACCAAAUUCAAUGGAGAGUCCAGUCGUGACAAAUCACGUGUGGAGAGUGAUGUGUUUAAAGUGCCCACUCCCAAAACAUUGACUUCAGAAGACGAUGAGCGGUGUGGCAGUGCCGGUGUUGGCAGGAGUUGUGGUGGUGAAACUCGUAGUUCAGGCACGCGUCAGAUUCCGGCUAGUCCCUUAAGUGAUGCCAGCAGCCCUGAUAGCGGCUUAAUUAUUGACUGUGAAGAAUCUCCAAAUCACAACAGCAGCAAGCCAAUGCCUACAUCAAAUGCCACCAAUGCUAGGAUUCCCACACCUCCCAUACUUCCCUCCCCCAAACGAGUUGUGGAGCUGACUGGCGAGCAAGGAUUAGGUAGUUUGGGGCGUGUGAGUCCCAGUAUUUCUAGUAAAGCCACCCCUUCCCCCAGUGCACGAACAGUUAAAAAUUCUCCAUCAGAACCAUCAUCUCAUACAAAGCCAUCUCCAAACAGCAAAAACUCACCAGCGCCAGCGUCCCCACAUCCUAAAGAAGCCCCAGUGAAUUCACCUUGUGAAAUUGAUGACGAAUUGAUGGACGCAGCACUGAUGGGCUUUGGAAGCUGACCCUGCCCAGCAGCCGUAGGACUUGUGACUGCCAUAGUGGAUCUGUUCAUGCCCAGCACAGUUGGUAAACUCUGUUCCAGGCCGCCUCACAAAGGGGAGGGGGUGAUACACAUCCUCUGGGCCUGACUGUCAUGAUUACCGGGUAAUGGCAGCUGAAUCCAGUGGUGGCUAAUAGCACAUCCACUCUUCUGCUUUAACCAUGUGCAUCACUGAAACUUUGUCUCCUACUGCCAGCUCAUUUAAUGUAUGUGGCAAGCAUUCAUGAUGGAAUGGGCCACUUUGCUGCAGUCUGAUACUACAAUUUUAAUCUUCCUUGACCAGUGUGUGUGGAUGCAUAGGUGCAUGUGCUGGAGAGAAGUGAUGUGUCAGAGGAUGGAAGUAAUCUAAAGUGUGAAUGUGUUUUCACUAACAACCUACCAAACAAAAAAAAAGUCUCAUCGUCCAUGUUGAAGAAAACGCUGAGGUUUAAGCUAGAAAAUAAUGUUCUACAAAAUGAUAAUGUUAUUACACUGUUACAACCGGCUGUUGCAUGUAAGGGAGAAUACAUGAGGUUUGUUUUUUUUUAGCUGAUUUAAACAUCUUAGAGUACUUCGUGAUCAUCUGGUGUUGUCCAUCUGAUUUGGAAUGAGCUGACAUAAAUUGCAGUCUAGAUUUUUAGUUUCAUCUUUUGGUUCUUCAAUUUCUGACACUGUCAAGAUUUUGUGAAGGUAAAAAAAGAAGGUAAAUGAAUUUUGCAAAAAUCAAUUAAGUACAGAAUAGUUCUGUGUGUUAUGCUGUCUCUGAUUGUUGCACCAUCCUAACAGGGCUUGUUGAUACAAUAAAUUUUCAAGUUUAUUUAUUUAUUUUUUUGGAGGGGUAGUCCAUGUGGAGAGAUUUAUAGCCCUGGGCUUUUUUCCAUCUUGCAAUAGUUUGGUUAUUUUGUAAAACUUCAGAUGUACUACAGUGGUGUUCUACAUUGAUGAUAUGAAGUCCACAUCUUGUGUAUUGGACAAAUUAUUAUUAAUUCUUUGUGCUCAACAGUCUCUUAGCCUAGUUCCAAUGACAGUGACUCAUUAUACACACUAGAUAUUGACUAUAUCUUGUCACUUUGGAAAAAGAGAGCAUACAAUUGAUAGAUAUCAUAACACUUAGCAGGAGCAAGGAAGAAAAAGCUAAAUUGAUAACAAAAAGCACUCAGAAAAAUUGCUCCUAUUAGCUGACCAUCCAGCUGUUGCCAAGCAAUAGGUCCAGUGAGUGUGUGAUGUCAGCAGCUUAUACUAGUGUCCUUGCAUGUAAGAAAAAUGAUUGGUUUUAGCUGUAACCUCAAAUGAUUAAUGAAUUUCGGAAUUAAUGGGAAAAGAGUUUAAAAAAAAUAGUGAAGUGUAGUGAGAAAGUGGGGGCUUUAAUCCGUGUCUUUUGUGAUGAUAAUUGAGCCUUGUGGUUUUAAAGGAAGUUUGUAGAAUAGUAACCUUUGCAGUGUACUUUUUAAAUUUAAAAACCCUGACUUUUUUAAAACAAAUAUUUUUUGGCUAGCUUGAAGAUAUCUGUGGCUUUGUAUGUUUAAUAGACAUCAUAUUUUAACCUUUCAAUUAAUGUCCUACAAGAGAUAAGAUUUCAGGAAAAUUAAUUCAUAGUGCACUGUUGACUUAAAAAUAGCUUAAUCCACUUACUAAAUUUUGGGUUAUUUAGAAAGAAAAUAUGUGUGUGAAAGAGGAAACUUGCAAAGUGCUUUUAAAUAUUUCAAAGUUAUGAUUUUUUUCAACAUGUUGAAUAUUAAACACCCCAAAAGGCCAUUCCUUAGUAAGCACAGAUGUAUGUGCAUGACCAUUUUCAGAUGAAAUAAAUAUAGCAUACAUGCUGUGAAUACUACCUAGUUGUAGUAAAUAAGUAAACCUUAGCCAGAUCUUUGGUUGCUGCACUGGUUUGGUCUCUUUAAAAAUCCGUUUCUGACAGUGCACAGUGAAGUUUUCAUGUGCAUAGUUCAGUGUACAACUUUUAUCAUUAAAUGGCUGAUGUGUUUGGAGCCGCAGGUACAGUUACAGAUGUAGGGGCAAUUGCAAAUGCCCAUUUAACGCCCCUUGUUUUAUUUAUGAAUUUUUGGGCUGUUGUAAACAUUGUGGUACUCCAUAAAGAUUUCAGGUUUAUGACUGUUAUUUCUUCUUCCAGCAUCAUACUUUGUUGUUUGUGUUUUGAUUUUAUUUAUUUUGUUAGUUGUUAGAAUUGAAGUCUGGGAACAUCAUUUUUGCUGUUUUUCACCCACGUUUAUAAAGUUAAAAGAAGGGCUAAUCAUGUUACAAUAUUGAGGCCAAAAAAUCAUUGAUGUGCAUGACAGUUUCCUGUAUUUCCAUUUACCAUUUUAAAAAUAUACAGCUUUCAAUUAUGAGAUUGGGCUAUUGCAGCAUGCAGAAAUGGUAUUUCUUUUACCCAUUAAACGUUCUUGAAGGAAAAUAACAUUUGGUAGCAACAUAUAAAGCAGAUUUUUUUAACAAUAUAUGUGUAUAAAUUUUUUUGAUAAUUAUCCUGAUCCAACUGGUAUGCAAGGAAUGCUGAGAUGGUCCAAUGGUACAGUGAGAAUGUGCUGUUUCUAGCUAUACUAGAUGACUCCUUAUACAUUUCCACUUUGUUUGCAGACAAGAUAGCACUUUCUGCAAGAGCCUUGAUUUUAAAUCGUUUUUGAGAACUUUCACUGUCAUUAAAUUUUCUGGGUUUUUUUUUUUUUUUAAGGCAUCGUUUACAUUUCCUUCAAAGUUUUCUUCCUGACAAGUUCACAAGAAACCUCUUGUUGCCAUUUGUUUUUCCCUAUGACAGAUUGGUUAUCUUAACUAGUAAGCAGUAAACAACUAUGUGUAAUUGGCUUUUUUUUAAAUUUAAAAUUCAGCAAAAUAUUUUUAUGGUUUAAGUGGAUGAACUUGCUUUCCUCAGUUAUAACUUGCACAGUUGCCAAUUAUUUUUCUGUGCUGCUUAGUGAUUACAUAAUUUCCCCCCACAGAAAUAGGCUCUCCAAAUGUUUUUUGUCUGUGGUACUCUAUAUAAUGUUUUUUAAGAGAGGAUCUUUUGUAUCAGAGUGGUGCCAGCAGUGAAAAGUGAAAUCAACGGCAUACUAAGUAGACCAUCAUCAUGUUUAAAGGAGUGAAGAAAGUGUUAAUUGCCCUCCUAACUCCAGCUGCUCCAGUUUCCCAUGUCAGCCAGUUGGUCUUUUAAUGAUUGGGAUAAUGCAAGUUGUACACACUGUUCCAAAAAUUCAACACUUGUUGUCAGGGCAUACUUUUUCUUAAUGUUUUUCAUAUCUCUGAAGUCAUUUCUGCUGGGCAGUCCAGAGUAUGCAAGUGGCUGCUGAUAAUUUGUCGGUUCUGUAGGUUUGCAAGUGCGUGUUAUAUUACGUGAAUAUAAAAAGAAUGAUUUUAGGUAAAGGAACUCCUAUAAAUCACGUGUGUGUGUGUGUGUUUACAAACAUAUAUAUAUAUAGUGUGUGUGCUCGUAUAUUUGUGUAUGGAGAGAACAGUUGUGUUACAUGGUGAUGACCUUGUAAAAAAGAUCUCUUUGUUGAAAGUUAUGAAAAAAAGAUAGUAAAUGCAACGUAUAUUUGUAUGAAAUAGUUUUCUACACAUCUUUUCAAGCCUUCCUGUGUGGAGUAUUGAUUCUGAAAUCAUUCUUUGUUUCAUUCAAACUUUUUCACUUUUCUAAGAUUUCCCUUUUACACAGUCCAUCAAGCAUUGUCUUUUCAGAGAAGUCAUGGCCUGUGGACAUUGGUGAACAAAUUUUGUGCUAGCAUGAUGGCUGAUGCAUCAUCAUUGCCACUCAGUUAUAUUGGAAAGUAUUGGCUACAAUGGCUUUUUUACUAGUAAUAGUACAUUAUUAAAACCACUUUUGCUGCUUCUGUUUGGAAAAACUAUUGAGUAAAUUGUGACAGCAUCAUGACUGGGGGGUGUCUCGGUCCAUCAGUCACAAAUUACCUUUGUUGACUUAGUCUUAACAUUUAAAAGAAAUUAUUUGCUCUUUUGCCAUGUAGUUCAUUGGUAGUAAAACAAGCCAUACCACUUAAUGUCAGCCCUUUUCCCCCAUCCUCUUUCUUAAGUACAUUAUUAACAGAAUUUGCCAGUAACAUGCUUGACAGUAUGUCUUGUUAUGGUCCUUAAGCCAGUCUGGCAAAAAAUAAGAAAAAAGCAAGAUAUUUGUAUACCAUGAAUUGCUGACUUCCCACCCUAUCCUAGCUCACAGUGAAAGCAGGAUGAUAGCUGUCAUACUUGUUUGCUGCUCCCAGGGGAUUUCUGCAUCUGUGAUGUUAAUGAGGUGGUAUGUGUUCACUAAUUGGCGAGUGAGAUGUUUCUUAAUCAGUUCCUGUGUUUUAAAAGCUGUCUGAUAUGAUAAUAAAGGCUGAUUUAUAACAGUCGUGAUUAUUGCGUGUUUGCUGAGGAGCCAACGGAGGCACAGCAACAUACAAGAACAUGGGUUUUACAGCUCGUAGGUCUUUCUUUUUAUGCCUUUUUUUUUAAAAAUGGUUUUGAACUGGUAUGUUUCUAUGGCUGCUGUGCAGAGCUGUGUUACUAUGGGCCUGCGUCCCAAAUCAAUUGGUAAGUUUCAUAGUUGAUACAUUAAGAUGCUGUAUAGACUAGGUUGGUAUAUUGCAUUAGAAUCAUCACCUAUAGUUGUGGCUGCUGGGACUCGGUUUCUUGCAUUCAUUUCUGUACAGAUUUUUUUUUUUCUCCUUCAGUUUUAUCUGAAGUAUGCCAGUGUAAUAUAUAAUCAUCUCAGUCACUGAUUCAUACCUCUAUGUACAAACUUCACCGUGAAGGCAGCAUUCCAGUUGAGACUGUGAAACACCUUGUAAAGUGUGUAGAGUAGGCAGAGUGCAUGACCGGCAGGUUGGGGUUAUGGCAGCACACUUCUGUCACUUUUUCAGUGGAAUCGUAUAGUCUUGUAGUCAUUCUAUUCAUGCAUGCACAUUCUCGCAUACAUGCAUGCACACAUCAACAUGCAUAUGGCACACGAGUGCAUUCUUUAUAAUUCUUUUUAUUCCCAUGGAUUUAAGAUAACAAGUGAUAUUUUAUGGUGAAGAUUGCAGAUAAUACUGCAUGUCAAGGAAAAUGAUACAUUUUGUAGAAAUGCAUUUACUCUGAAGGACAGAAACAGUUGCUGCAUCAGUCACAUUGCACUGUGCUUUGUCAACGUGUUAUGACUGCUUUUCUCUUGAUGUUUGUCACGGUCUGGUUGAAGCUGCCAUUAUGUUUAUUGGUGUGAACAUUGUGUCAUCCAGUUACUGCUCGGGUGAUGUUGCACCUUCAUGAAGGUGGAACAAAAUUUGGAAAAACUACUGAAUAAAUGAUUCUUAAGUGA